UUCCCAAUGUUAUGUGGUGUUUGAUGGGCACAAAAAGUGAAAAUGGUGCAUCAGAACACCUUCCAAUAAUGUGUGCUUUCUAACAGUAACAGGCUCAUAAUGGCUUCAGAUUCAUUUCUGAACUGUCCCACACCCUAGUGAUUUCGUGCCAAGAUGAAAAAUGGAUGACUUUUCCUCGCAGCGCGGUAAAAAAAUCAUGUCAACAAAUUUCAACGGUGUGGCAGACGGACACAAUUCUAUACCAGGUGGCACAGGCGAGAAGAAAUGGCGAAGUUACAAACUCUUGAUUGACCCAAUUCUGAAGAAGGGCCAGCAGAAAUUAUACCGUUAUGAUGGGGUGGCACCUGGGCCAUCGGGUGCUGACUUCUCUGUCACUGUUUUGCGGGAUCCGAGAUCACGACUCUCAAGGUUUUGGAAAGGUCGUGAGAAAUACGACCUCCCUGUACCCAAAUUCAAGUAUGACAAAUAUUAUGUUGGAGAGCUGCCCCCUAAGCAAUGCACCAUCACCAACCUCAAUGACAACGUCCGGGAGGCUUUCCUACGCAACAUGUUUGAGAAGUUUGGCACCAUUGAGGACAUCAGCAUCUGCUUCCACCCAAAGACUCGCAAACACCUGGGGCUGGCCAGUGUGACUUUCAGCACAACGAGAGCAGCCAAGCAGGCUGUUACAGAGCUGAACAGGACGUCAGUCAUGGGCAAGAUUAUCAUAGUGCAGAUUGAUGCCGGAGGUACUGAAUACGAGAGGAUCUAUGACUGUCUCGUCAAUAGCUCCACACCUAGUAGUUCCAGCUCCACCCCGCGUGACCCCCGACACGGCCUUGCCACCCCUGACACGCCCACUCCUCGCAGUGGUUCUGGGGACCCUCGGAAACUAUCUGUAGACAGUAAAACCCCGUUAGUGGCAGAAGGUACCCCGUUGAGCAUGCCCGAUCAUCAGUUUGCAUACCCGGAACCACCCCCUGUGGGUUACCCAAUGGGGUCAGAUCAGGGCUUUCCUGUACCCCCAGGCUCGGCUGGUAACCCUGGACUUAGUAGUAACUUUGCUAAUAUGAAUAUGCAGGAGUUGGGAGGGAACCACUCGGGUCCUUAUCCUCAGGACUUCAAUCCUGGAGGUAUGGAGCAGUUCCCGCCCCACGGUGGUAACUUCAUGCCUCCGGAACAUCAUGGGAUGUUUCAGAGACCUCCUCCGGAUCACUUAGCUGCUCAGCAGGGGAGGGGUCUCCCGCCAGGUUUCCAAGACCCCAAUGCCAAUAUGCCCUUCCCCUCUCAGAUGCCUCCCCCACAUGGUGACUAUACCAUGCCCAUGCAGCCAGGAUUCCAUCCGGGGCAUCCCAGUGCAAAUUACAAUAUGUACCAGGAUAACCAGGCAUGGGAUCACCAGAAUUACGGACAGCAGGGGACCGGGGACAACUUCAGAUAUUCAAAUCAGCAGCAGGGGUACGGGAACCAAGGAAGGCCUGGCCAAUGGGAUCGGCAGUUCGACAGACGUGGUGUCCAACAUGACUUUCAAUCGCAUAGGCAUCACGAUUCAGAUUCAUCAUACUCGCGUGGGAAUUUUUCUGAUAGGAAAUCCAAUCGAGAUCGAUCCAGGGAAGCAGAUAACUCUGCAGACUGGAGGACCAAAGCAAAAUCAAGGACUCAUCAAAGAGACUCCUUGCCUACCUCAGUCGAUGAGGAUAGCAACACAGUGGACAUGGAACUUGCCACAGAGAGGGCAGCCUCCACACCUGUUCAGGAUGAGGAGGAGAAACUGCCACCUGCCGCGGAAGAAGAGGCUGCGUCUGAGACGAGUGAGCCUAGCAUGAGUCUGGACUCUCGCAUUGAAGCACUCUUACAGCGUCAAUCAGGAAUGGGCUUUGGGUUUGAGCUAGAUUCCUCAGCCAGUUCUGGCCAAGGAGACAGUACUAGCAACAAUGCUGCCGGUGAGUUCAGUCCCUGCCCAUCACCUGCGGAUGGGGAUUCCCCACUCCUGGAUGAAGGAAACAGAACAGGUACCGUACAGGAGAGCAGUAGUGACCACUCCCCCUUCCCCAGGUAUGACAACGCGGGGAAACACCGGGAAAUGCAGGACACAUCCAAGCACAAAUCACGGACUGACAAACCGCACUUGGAGCGGCAACUUGGUCACGCCAGUUACAAGAGGCUUCAGCAUUCCAGAGAGGACAGCACAGACAGGUUUGCAGCCGACGAUUCCUGUAGUCGGGACUCGGUAACCUCACUUAAAUCCACUCCUGAAAUCAGAGACACAGACAAAGCUUCCACGAUCCCGUCUGGGUCUUCGACCCCGACUGUGAGUGAAAAUACAGGCCACUUGAACAUAGGCUCGUUGAUCAGCAGAGGCCUGUCAAACCUUCGCAACAUUGCCGAUCAGGCACCUUCUCCAGCAAUCAGCGGAAGUCCAUUUGUAGAGCAUCAGGGAAGUGUAGAUGAGAGCUUGGGAUCUACUCCAGUUGAAUCAGAACCCCAGUCAAGUAGACUGUUUUCUUCCACUCAGUCUGAGCAGCAGGUCCAGAUUGAGAUAGCAGAUGCUUUAGCGUCACGUACUGUGGCAGAAAGUUCUCCCUCAGACAUGGAUGUAGAUGAUGAUCGCAUGAGUAUGUCAUCCAUCAGUAGUGGGGAGGACACGAAACUAGAGGUCAACAUUCCCGUCUCGCAACCAAAUGAACCCCGUUCAUAUGGACCUCCAAUGCUCCCCCCUCCACCCCCACCAUCCACUCGGAGCUCUCUGAAUUUUGGCCAGUGGCCCGGUAGUGUGUCAUUGCCGGGAUACAGUGGGCCGUUUUCAUCAGCCGGGCCAGCCAACUUCCAACCCGGCUUAGGCUUCUCUGGUAUCCAGUCCCAGUUCCUCAGCACAAAUCCUUACGCCAUACCGUCAUCCAUCAAUGCAGCCACCUUCCCCACUGCCAGCAUGGCCCAGACGGCCUCGCUGCCCAAUCAGUUCAUGAACCAGUGGACGGGCAUGGGGAUGACCCCCGCCCAGUUUGGCCAGAUGCCCACCAACCCUCAGCAAAACCCGAUGCAGAUGAUGGCCCGCCUUGGGGGAUUCCCCAUGCCGUCAUUCAACCUGAAUCAGCCUGGGUUCCCUCCCGGCCAGAACCCCUUCCAAGAUCAGGCACGGAUGCCAGCCACGGGACAGGCAAAUCAGCUCAACACCCCCUGGCCGGGACCCAUGCCCCCGACGCCUCAGUUCCAACAGUUUCUGCAGCAGUUUCCUCAGCAGUUCCAGACGCCGCCGAUGCCCAAUGCCCAAUCGGAGCAGAGCUGGCACUCUUCACCUCCCAAGGCUGACCCACGGGAGGAACUGAUCAGUGAACUACUCAAGACCACGUACAUUGAACUCAAGAAGAUUAUGAAGAAAGAUCUUGGGCGUAAGAUGGUAGAAUCGUCAGCUUUCAAGUCGCUGGAGGCCUGGUGGGAUGAUUGUGAGCGCAAGUCAAAGGAGCCCCUCAGAGUCUCCACAGACAACGAGAAGCCCUCGCCUAAGGUGCAGCCGUCUCCCUUGAUGUCCUUCUCAUUUCGCUCAAGCUCUUGGAAUCAAGGCUUAUCUCAGGGCAAGAACCUGGGUCUAGAGAGUAUUGGUCUUGGCCUGGGGGUCAGGGCAACUAUGCCUCGCAUGCCUUCAUUCAAGGUGAAGAGGAAAGUUGCAGAGGAAGAAGAGGAUCGAGAGAAGAAGCCGAGGGCGGAGACACCACAGCUGCUUGAUGAAGAUGCAUCAGACACAGAGCAAGAUAAAUACGACAAAUCGGAGAAGCAGUCACUCAGAAAGCCAAGGAAGAGUGUGAUCAGUGAUGAUGAGGAAGACGACUACGAAGAAGAUGAUGCUGAGAAGAUAAGCAAGGAGGUUGAUUUAGAGGACGAAGACGAAGAAGAUGAAGAACUAGAAGAGUCAGACUCUGAUUAUGAAGAUGAGAUCAGCAUGAAGAGUGGCUCUGAGAGCUCGGAAGAGGAAGAAGAGGAGGAAGAAGAUGAGGCAUCAGAUGUCAGCGAAUCAGAGGAAAGCAGCUCAGAGUCGGAGGUCUCAUCUAGCGAGGAAUCAGACUUGGAGGAUGAAGCAAAAGACACCAGCAGGAAAGAUUCCAAAGCUGUUUUGGAUAUCAAACGAGAGGAGAAACUGGCAAGGAUCCCUGAAGAAGGAGAGGAGGAUGAAACUGUUGCAGCAGAGAUGGAAACAGUCAAAGAUAAGAGUUUAAUCACCAAGGAGGCAGAUAAGAAGGCUGUCAAUGGAGAUGUCUCACAGAAGGAAUCUGUCAAAGACAAGAUGGAAGAGAAGAAAUCCAAGACCAGAGUCACCAAGGAAGCCAGCGACAAGGCCGACAGCAAAGAGAAGCCCUCAGAGAAGAGCCAGGAGUCUGCCCAAGAUUCUAAACCUGACAGGACGUCAAGGUUGAACUCCUUUGAGAUGCUGGUAGAGCUGGCCACCAAGGCACGGACCGAGCUCCUCGAGGAUGCCCCCAAGGAGGUCGCCAAGGAGACAAUGGAAUCCUCCAAGGAGAUGGAGGCCGCUGAGUUGCUGCAGACCAUGAAAAACAAAGGCCUGCAACUGACUCCAUCCAAGGAAGAUGGCAUCAGGAGACAGUCAGCUGGAGGCAGGGAUGCUGAGCAUCUAGAGAUGGAGAACAUUGAAGAGGAGGUUGUCAUGGAAUCCGUGGAGGAUAUGGAGUUGGAGAUUGGUGCUAAGAAGGGACAGAAGGCUGCUCUGCCCAAGGAAAUGGCAGAUGAACAGCAGCCCCUUCCUUUCCUGGAUCACAGCUACUGCCAGCGCCCGCCCCCUUCCCCCAUAAGGAAAACUCCGCCCAAAGAUGCCGCCGACCCAGUCCGUUUCAGUCAGCCCACUCUUAAACUGGUCAAGUUGGACCUCUCGGACCAAGAGCUUCCCACCGUGCCAAAAGCCACAGAGGCGGAGGAUAUCAUAGACGUGGUCUCAGAAGCUGAGGCAGAAGUCUCGCCUAAGAAGCAGAAAUCCGCCAAGAGGAAACACCCCAAAGAGGAACCCUCCUUGGAGGAGGAGGUUGCCAUCCCAGAACCCUCCAAGCCCCAGUUUAUGCCUAGGAACUAUUACGAAGAAUGGGGUCUCCUCUACCAGAUCUUAGCAGUAGGAAUAGACCAGGAAGAUUCGUACUAUCUACGGAAGAGCUAUGAAUCUAUGUUGCAAGAAGGACAGAUCCCUUGGCUUAGUUACACCCACUGGGUUUCUCAUCCACUGACCGCAAUACCAGAUCCGCCCAAAAAGAAACGCAAGGUAGAUGAUGUCAGGGUCCAUGCAACAGGCUCAGCCAGAACUGAAGGAUUCUACAAGAUCACAACUCAGGAGAAGAAGAAAUAUUUGGCAAGGUUACGAUCGUUACCCCAGGAAACAGGAGAAAAUAAUGAGGAUUCGAGCGUUCCGAUCAAGGCCAGUGGCGGUAAACACAUGGAGUUGUCUCGAGAGGCUAGGUCUGACCAACGACGAGCGAUGGCCACGCUCACUCGGCAAGAUGGUGCUGUGUCUGAUCUCCUGAAAUUCAAUCAACUCAAGUUCCGUAAGAAGGAUCUGAAGUUUUUGAAGAGUGGUAUCCAUGGCUGGGGUCUGUACGCCAUGCAGCCCAUCUCGGCUGAUGAGAUGGUCAUAGAAUACGUGGGUGAAUCCAUCCGUCAGAGCGUGGCCGAUGAGCGGGAGAUGAGGUAUGAGAAGAUCGGGAUUGGGAGCAGCUACCUGUUCCGCAUCGACUCCGAUAGUAUCAUCGAUGCUACCAAGACCGGCAACUUGGCUCGGUUUAUCAAUCACAGUUGCAUGCCCAACUGCUAUGCCAAGAUCAUCUCCAUGGAAUCACAGAAGAAGAUCGUGAUCUAUUCCAAGCAGAACAUCAGCACGGGGGAGGAGAUCACCUAUGACUACAAGUUCCCCAUUGAGGAUGAGAAGAUCCCUUGCCUGUGUGGCACGGCCCAGUGCAGAGGUACUCUCAACUAAGAUGCCGUCUCCAUGGGCAUCUUGGCUCCGAAGCUUCACGAUACUUCACCGAUCCUCCUUUAUGCAGGGAACAAGAAUCACUUGGUUUGUACUUGGGAAAAAGUGGACUUAAAAAGUCCCAUGUGAAGUACAGACUUUUGAAUCCACAGCAUUCUUCAAAUAGAUUUUGAAAGCUUAGAUCCAUAUACCAGUAAACCACAGUCACAAAGGGUGUCCAUACCCUUAACCAAACCAAAUGUCACAGGGCCAAAUGUUUUUUACCUUGCUUUGCUGGUGCAGCAAUUUUCAGGUUUAAGUCUAUGCACUUUAUUGCAGAUAUCAAAACGGAGGUCCAUCCGAACCAUCCACUGUCAAAUAUUUUGGGGAAAUAUUAAGUUUUUGUGCACUCUUUAGGUGUAGUGGAGUGGUAAUGACUGUGUGAAGGUACCUGAGAGAAGGCUUAUCCCCCUAUGUGGAACACAAUUGUAGUAGAGACCAUCAAAGGACCAGACACAAGACCUGACGCAAGAUCAUGUUCAGGACCUUCCAUGAGACCAGUCACAAGUGACAGCGUGAACAAUGACAAAGGAAUGCUUUUGUUGCAGUUGAUUUGAUA